UUCCAUCAGAAAUUUCCAUAAAACUUUCGGGUAACAAAACCCCCCUUUACGGAACCCACAGGUGGAAGCCAGGGAGGAGGUAGGGGCGAAGAAUGAACGCUAAAGGUAAGAAAGAGAAUGAACAACUGCGCACCUGGGCUUAAAUAGGACGCUGAGCAGGUGAGUUAAUUGACUGAACCGCCCUAGGGUAGUUACCUGUAAAACAAUGCUGCGAGUGCCUGCCUGAAAACACGACAAGUCGUCAUUUCGUAUUGUUUGAAAGAAGAUUGCGGGCGGCAGAGAGGAAUACAGACACUUUCUUGGAGCUUUCUUUUGUUGCACUGACCUUCAGCCAAUCAACAGGUCUCAACAGUAGCUCUGCCCCAACCAGUUUGUUCCAUUUUUCUAUGGACCUGCAACCCACAGCCCCAAAAUGGUACACUUUGUCCAGUUUAAUGGGUCCAAUUUAUAAUGGAAACAUGCGAAAUGCCAGACUGGAGCAGACCGGCCCGCUCAGUGGAAAUGAAGCAAAAGGGUUUUUUUCUGGAACACUCUUGUCAAUAUUUUUACCUCUUAAAAUAACAUUGAUGUGAGCAAAGACAUAUUAAAUCACACAACGUAUCAUAUUUGAGGUUAUCUAUAUUUCAUAAAAUGAUUUUGCAAAGGUUUUUGUUUUUUUCCAUUGUGGAUUUCAUUGACAUCUUAAAUAAAACAUUAACAAAUACAUGUCUGUCCAUUCCUUGACAUAGUGGGCUUUUACAGGGUUAAAAAAAAAAAAAAUUUAGACAUGUUGCAUAAUCCAAACCAUCUUUACAAGUAUCUCACAGAAAAUAUAAAGGAAAUAAGCCAUCAUAAUUUAAAGAGCAGUAUCCAAGCAUUACCCAGCCAAUAGAGUUAACAGCUAAAACCCCAAUUCAGAUUAAAUCCAACUAAAAGCUAAAUAAUUUAAUAUUUUCAAUGGGUGAUUUCAGUUUAACCCCAAACACAUCCCAGAUUAGUUUAAUAAAUGCAGUAUCGUAUUGUAAAGUAAGUGUGACUCCCCAAGAAUAAAAGUGUCACCCACUGCUAAAAUAUGGUACGAACAGAAAUAUUAAUUGGGAUUUGAGAUUAAUUUGUAGAAGGGUAGUGGGAUUGGGUACAAGAAUCAGCAUAAUGUCUGAAGAAUUAUUGCCUGAUAUUUUGUGUUGAGAAAAAAUGUCUCCCAAAAACUGGGCAGAUAAAAUUGAAAAAGCUUUAGUGAAAGAUUCGAGUUCUGUUUGUUGCCUUUAUUUUAAAAUCAAUGUUUAACUUUAUUUUGUCGUCCUAUAGUGUAAAACCAAAGGAAUAGGUGAAAAUAAAAAACAAAUAACACUCUGCUCUCUGACUUUAUCCAAAUGGCUUUGCAGUGAAGUUAGAUCUAAAAGCGGCGAAACAAACAUUCAGAGACGCUACACACAGCCGCAUUCUGUAGAAAACUGUUGAGCCUAGUGUAAGGGGUUACAGAGGAGACACCGCCUCCCCGUCUCAGCCCACGGACAGGUUCAGCCACUUCAGAUCACAGAGGAGACCUGCAGGCAGGAGGACAGAGAGCCAUGAGGGAAGCAGGGAUGAUUUUCAGCGACACAGUCAUCUGCUACUUUCUGGACACAUUUCUAAUGCUUUACUGCCUCGUUGCCACGGCUUUGUUUUUCAGAGAAAAGUUUUGUGCCCUACAAGUCGCUGAACCAAACGAUGAAACAAACGAUGUUUAUCAGGAGCUGAAUCUGGAGAUGAAGGAAGACCCUUAUGAUGUGCUCAAGUCUGAGAAGAAGAAAAGAGACAAGAAAAAGAAAACCGGGAAGAUUUUCACAGAACCCGGCAGCCUGUCGAUGUCAACUAUCCAAAAGUUGAGAGAGAAAUGCAGACAACAAAUCCUGGAAGAAGAGUCAAGACGACCAUGAAGUUCUCUAACUUUAUUUUUUUGUUUUAAUCAAGGCCCCUCUUUCCAUCCCAUAAUCCAGUCAGACCAAACAACCACUGUGAUGGACUUGACCGUUUGGGGGCAACAUGCAGACAAUAACAUGGAGCCUCUGCAGUGGUUUAGACAAUAUCACUGUCAAGAAUCCAAAUAAGCAUCUAAAAACUGAAAUCACAUUUAAAUGUUAAAUAUAUUAUAUCUAGUUGGAAGAAACAUUGAAUUUAUUUAAUGUACAAAUUUGUUACCAUCUCUCUUCAUAGUAGGAACAAAUGAAAGUCUCCUGUGUUUGCUGUAAUUUGUCAGGUUUCACUAAAAAAUAAAAAAAAAUAAAAAAAGUACCUGAAUGAUGAAACCAAACAGUUUUCUAUGGAGUGGCAGGUAUCAAUAAAAAAAUUAAAGAAUUGCUC